AUGGAGGGCCAUCCGGAGCAUCACCGAGGACCGACCUUCUCACCUGAGCAUAUCGAGAUUCUUAUCACUAUCGAACGAGUCGGAGCAGGAUGUUCUAUGAUCGCUAUCAUUCUGGUGCUGCUGACCUUUGGCCUUUUCAAGAAACUUCGAACAACUCCCAAUUUGUUUCUCAUCUUUGCCUCGAUCGCAAAUGCCGGCGCGAGUGUUGCAUCUAUGAUCGGCUACGAUGGUCUCGAAAGGGGCGAGGGAUCACAUCUUUGCCAGGCACAGGCAUUCAUCUUCGAAUGGUUCAUGCAGUCUGACCCUUGGUGGUCACUUGCCAUGGCUAUCAAUGUGUUUCUCGUGUUCUUUUGCAAUGCCGAUCCUCGAAUGUUUCGCAAAUAUGCCUGGCUAUACUGCCUGAUCUGUUUCGGCGGCCCUUUUAUCCCAGCAGUUGUUUUGAUAUCAAUCCGCAACUCCCCUGAAGGUCUCAUAUUUGGAGACGCUACACUCUGGUGUUGGAUUGGGACUGACUGGAGUCUUGUUCGCCUCUACGCCUACUACAUCCCAAUCUGGAUAUUUUCAUUCCUCUCCAUCAUGAUCUACAUCGCUGUUGGAUACCAUGUUUUCCACACUCGAAAUCAGAUCAGGCAUAUGGUGAUGGAUGUUAUUGGCAACAUCGAGAAGAAUGAUCAUAUUCCAUAUUCGAGUAGUGAGCACAGAGGCUCCUCAGAAGCGGUAGCCUCCCCACCCGAUGCCAGUGAGGCAGGUGAAGCUGACUUUUGUCCUCAGAAUCUCACGCCUCGCCAGGAAUUUUAUGGUACUGCAGUCACAGAAGUUCAGAUCACACGUGAAGAGCCGAGGCAAGUAAGCCAACAAGAGACUACACUUCCAAGUCCUCCUCUUGCCGCAAUGCCUCCGCGCAUCCAAUCUUGGGCCCUACCAAGUUCUUUUGAGCAUAUUGAACCUUCGAAUUCUAGCAGAGCUCAACGAUUUGAGACACUCUGCACAUCCGACAGUUCUCGCCAGCCACCCUUCUCAGUAAUGACUAAACUUCGUGCCGUCAAGUCUAAUGCUUCUAUGAAGCUCAGACAAUUUGAUCCAGUCAAGAUGGCAUACUUGCGCACCAGCUUCAUUUUCGGUCUUGCUGUGUUGAUCACUUGGAUUCCGAGCUCCGCCAACCGGCUGUACAGCCUGACGCACCAUGACAGGAUCAGCUUUCCCCUCAGUGUCGCCAGUGGCUGUGUGCUUCCCUUGCAAGGCGUUUGGAACGCCGUGAUCUAUUUCACCACCAGCUGGAAGACCUUCAAUGAGGAAAUACGUGCUUUAAGGUUCAAAUGGUUCGGAGGGCCCGAAGAAUGUGCAAAUGGCGUCCGUCUCAACAGCCGGCUUGGUUCAAGCAAGGGCAGCUAUCGAAACACCUUUGAGCGAACUCGACAACUACGCGCCUACUCGGUUGAGGAUACAGAGAAGCCGGUUUCGACAUGA